UACUCUCGACGACGCGCGUCGGAGCCUGUUGUUGUCUGACGGACUUGCUUCCGACUCAAUGGAGCCGCGUCCUUUCACCAUCCUGCUGGCUUUGUUGUUGACAACGCUCGCACGAGUCAAUGCGGGAGGCUUGGAUUUCACCAUCGAGCCGCGGGAUGUGGUGGUGGAACAGGGAGGUUCUGCGAACCUGGACUGCGAGGCAAAGAGUGUCCUCGGGACGCCGAGUAUACAAUGGCGCACAGAUGACGGACAGCCAAUCACUUUUAUCGGAGACAGUUAUCGAUCACAGCUAGCAAAUGGGUCCUUGUACAUAAAUAGCGUAUACGCUGGUAGUACAGAAUUAAUUGGAAGUUAUCAGUGCUUAGCAUCCAUAGACAACGUCGGAGCGAUUGUCUCUCGAACAGCCACAAUCAAACUAGCAAGUCUCCCCGGUUUCGAAAGAGAACCUCAAGACACCAUGGUUUAUGCGGGACAGAUUGCAUAUUUGAGUUGUGCGCUACCAGCUUCCUCGAGUUUGUUGAAAAUACAAUGGUUAAAAAACGAACAUCCUUUAGUACUUGAUGAAAGUCGAAUGACAAUCCUGCCUUCAGGCGCGUUGGAAAUCGACAAUGUUCAGUAUCACGAUGUGGGAUCAUACAGAUGUAACGCUAGUGGCUACGGUCAAUACAGACUGAGCAAUAAAGCACAAUUAGGAUUAUUAUCUAGUGAUAUUGAUGAGGGAUCUAGUGCUCCAGUAUUUGUGGCACAACCCUUGCAACAAAUAGUUACCGAGGGAUCCGAUGUGACCUUGGAAUGCGCUGCCAACGGCUAUCCGAAACCGUCGAUUUUUUGGCUUAAAGACGGCGUCGCUCUCGAUUCAGGAGACUUGGUUUCCAACGAUUCAAGAUAUCACAAAGUCGCAGCCUCUAGUCUCGUAAUCACGAAUGUCAGAGAAUCGGAUCACGGUUCGUACCAAUGUCGCGCAGAAAAUAUAGUCGACUCUCUGGACGCAGUUGCUGAAUUAAUCGUACAAGUUCCACCGAAGUUUAUAAAGAAGCCGGAGGAUAAAUUAGCGAGUGAAAGUCAAGAUCUAGAAUUCGAAUGCGAAAUCUAUGGGAAACCAGAACCAAAAAUUACUUGGCUAAAGAAUGGCGAGCGUAUUACAUUAAGUGCAUAUUGGCAAAUUGUCAAUGGAUACAAUCUGAGAAUUAAUGGACUAUUACCCAUAGAUGCUGGAAUUUUCCAGUGCAUGGGAGUGAAUCCUGCUGGUAGUAUUCAAGCUUCAGCACGUCUUACAAUCAAUCAGCCGAAGAGAACGAAUCUGUAUAGAACAACUCCCAAGACAGUUCCUAAGAAAAAAUUAUUAUUACACCGACAGUUGUAUAAUAAAACAUGGCAACAUCCAAGUACUCUCCUAGGACAUACGUUCUCGUCGAAUAUGCCGAGUCCUCCGCUUUCGAUAAGUCCUUCUGAUGAUCCUGCGGAUCUUCUUCCGAACUCGUUUAAAUAUCCUAAUCCCCUUUACGAUCCAAACUCCCGUUUUGUAGAUGAUACAGACACCUUAGAAGCAUUCGACGGGGGUGGUAUACCCUCUCCACCGAGGAACCUAAGUCUUGUCAUCGUUACCGCGAGAUUCGUUACGCUACGUUGGCAAGAGCCAGAAAAUGCAAACAGCGAUGCUCUCAAUUAUUUCGUAUAUUAUAAACAGGAAGGGGCCAUGAGGGAGAGAGUUGCCAACUCGCUGCAGAAACUAGAAGCCAUGAUACGCGGUUUGCAACCCGGUAUGACGUAUCAAUUCCAUGUAGUUGCGCAAAAUCCUCGGGGAACCAGUGCUCCUAGUGAAGUAUUACAAGUUACAACGCUAAUAGAGGCCAAUGUUCCUGGAUUUCCGAUGAACCUAGAAGGUCAACCGACAAGCAGUAUGAGUAUUACCUUAUCGUGGGAGGAGCCCCAAGUUAUUAACGGUCGAAUAUCUAAAUAUAUAAUUACAUUUAUGGAGGGCGAUGGUGAGGAAAUAACGCGUGAAACUACCAGUACAACGUAUGAAUUGGUAGAUCUUGUGCCUUAUACGGAAUACAGUAUUAGAGUUCAAGCAGUCAACGAAAAUGGCCCGGGCGCGUUUAGUAAGGAUAUCGGUAUACGGACUUACAGCGCACAACCGACGCAACCACCGCAUAACGUUACUUUAGAAGCAGCUAGUUCAACGAGUAUUAUCAUAAGAUGGGAACCUCCACUCGAGGGACAGAAUGGGAUCAUCACAGGUUAUAGAAUACGCUACCGUAGAUAUCCGCACGAUUCUCGAUCUGGAGAUCGGCGAUCCCCGAUUACGGUAACAACUGAAGGAAAUCAACGUUUGUACGUGCUCACUGGGCUCGAGAAGCACGUUGUGUAUCAAGUCCGCAUAUGUGCCUUCAACGUCAAUGGAACUGGGCCUUGGACAGAAUGGACGAAAAUAGAGACAUACGAGAACGAUUUGGAUGAGACGAAGGUACCUAAUGCACCCAGUAAUCUGAGAGCAAAUGCUAUGGCGGAUUCUAUAUUAGUAUCAUGGCAUCCCCCGAAAGAUCAAAGCAUCAAAGUGAGAAAGUAUAAAUUAGGCUGGGGCAAAGGUUACCCCGAUGUCGAGAUACAAGUUCUUGAUGGAAAACAACGUUCUUACGCUAUUAAGCCUAUAGAACCAACAAUGGAAUAUGUAAUAUCUCUAAGAGCAACGAAUAAUGUUGGUGAUGGUCAACCAGCAUAUGCAAACGUAAGGACUCCCGAACGUUUUGUAUCUGAAUCUGCAGUGCCUUUAAUACCACCCGUUGGCCUUAAAGCUAUCGUGCUCUCGGCUUCUACCGUUGUGCUGUAUUGGACAGACACGACUUUAUCGAAAAGUCAAUAUAUCACCGAUAGUCGAUACUAUGUGGUGCGUUAUACAUUCUACCAUCACAGCAGCAGCCCACGAUACAGAUAUUAUAAUGCUACCGAUCUCAACUGUAUGAUUCACGACUUAAAGCCCAAUACGCAGUAUGAGUUUACAGUUAAAUUGGUCAAGGGUAAACGAAGCUCACCGUGGAGUAUGGUCGUUUUAAAUCAAACUCAAGAAGCUGCACCUAGCACGGCACCUAGGGAUCUUAUUAUUCAAACCAUCGAAGAUCGUCCAACCUCUGUUCUAUUGCGAUGGCAACCUCCUAAACAACCCAACGGACAAAUCACAGGAUAUCUCAUAAUUUAUUCUACCGAUAACACGAAAUGGGAUCGUGAUUGGCUGGUCGAAGGUGUCAUCGGAGACAAAGUGGAUGCCGUUGUGAAGGGUUUGCAUCCUAAUACGAUAUAUUACUUCAAAAUCCAAGCUCGUAACUCCAAAGGAUAUGGACCAUUCUCUACGACAGUUUCAUUUAAAACGCCACCAAACAAUGGAAUGGAUGAUGAAUUGCAUGGUCGAGAUGGACGAAGUUUCUCUAAUCUAUUGAUUUACAUCAUAGUCGGUCUUUCGAUCGUUUUUGUCACUGCUAUAUCAGUAGUGAUUGUAAUAUGCUGUAAAUGUAAUCCAAGUUCGCCAGAUCGCAAGAAAGGAUACAUGAAAGAUACAAAUCAGAAGACGAAUAUCAAGCCACCGGAUUUGUGGAUUCAUCACGAUCAAAUGGAGCUGAAGGCGCUUGAGAAAUCUUCGAUAAAUGGCGAAGCCUCCACCAGUGGCGUCACCAGUAAUACAUUACCUAGAUCGGGCAAUCAGGAAUACAAUCAAGAUAAUAUACACGGGAAUUCCAGUUCGCUAGAUAAACGUACUUACGUGCCAAGUUAUAUGGGUAACACUGAUGAGAAGUGCUCGACCCUGAGCAGGCAGCACAGUCGUGGAAGCCACAAAUCUAAAUUAAUUACACUCCCCAUUGACAAUGCACCUUUGCAUCAGCCCAUAGCCACGGCUACGCCAAUUGUGAAUAGCAGCAUGUCGCAGCCGACCAUCCACACCUCUUGCAGCGAUACAUCGUCGGUGAGACAGAACUACCCGCGAACCGUCGCGCAAUACAGCUUAAAUCGCGCACACGUUACGUUGGAACCAACCCCUGAAUCCAGUCCGGAUUCUUGCAUACCUAGCUCAUACGAGCCAUUACAGAAUCAGUUGUCAUAUGGUACGAGUGGACAGUCGUACAGUGGAAACACUCAAUACGCCUCCGGUCAUUAUGGCAACAACACUCAACCGGUGAGCAGCGCCGUUGGGGAGAGCAACACAAGCAAACGGUUGCAAGGGCAUCCCCUGAAAAGCUUCAGCGUGCCGGCUCCUCCGCCGCAGAGCGCUCCUUCAACACCAGCACAGCAGAAGCAUGGUGUGUCACAUGUGACAGUAAGGCCAACGAUGUCCGGGAGUCCAUACAAGAAAUCACAAGGUUCGUCGUCACAAUUAACGAAGAAUCGCUUAGCCUCUGUGACAAAUCCAACACACACUUCGGAGGAAGUUGAACGGUUAAAGCCUUCGUAUAGCACCGAAGAAUUAAAUCAGGAAAUGGCCAACUUAGAAGGUCUUAUGAAAGAUCUAAAUGCCAUAACAGCAUCGGAAUUUGAAUGCUAAAGUAGGUUCCUAAGCCUUGUGCCAUCCUAACGUUCUCAAUGUUAGUACCUGAAAGGUAAAGUUAUUGUCACAUUUUGCCAUUUAUGCUGAAUUCUUUCCCAUUAAAUUUGUACGAUUACUAUCAGGAUUACAUGUAGAAAAACAAAUGUUACACAAUUAAUUAGCGUCGAUGAACGGCGCAAUUAAUACGUGAUUCAAAUUUUUUGAGUUAAUGAUAUAAUUGGGAAAUGGCAAACAAUCAAGUUAGAUCAUUCAGUCACGUUUCCUUUCUCCGGUACUAGCGUUGCUCAUCUUAAGCGUGAAACUGAAUAUUGUACUUGCCAAUGUGUAAUCCAACAGCGUCACGUUCUUAUGGUGUAUUUUUGAUAAUGCGAGCAGGCAAGUACUUUGCCGCGAUUGGCCGUUUGAAAAGGCUCGAUGAAUGCUUUCGUGUUAUAGACGUUUACAAUGUAAUCGCGUGUAAAUAUGCUGGAUGCAUAUUCUGAUCGGGACAUAAUUUAUCUAACAUUUAUCUCGAUUAUGACGUGUUUUUCUACGGUGUGUGAAAGUUAAUAUACGAUGGUCAAGUAAUCAAGUCGCAUGAACAAAAAACAUCGCGAUGUUUUUUUUUCGUCAUUUACAUGAAUAUCCGGGGUGGCUUGACCGAAAUUUAAUAAUACCC